AUGCUCAACAUCCCCGCGAAGGACUCUUUUACCGCUUCGCCGACAACGACGCCGGGAAACACGCCGGGAAAUACGCCGCGAAGCACGCGCGCGCAGGAGGCGGAGGAGGCGAGCGAGCUUGUGGCGGUGGGUCACUCGUACGCCGUGAUGUGCAAAAAAGGACGGCGCGAGUUCAUGGAGGAUGCUUACCAGGCCAUCCCGCAGUUCGGCACGUCGCCCGGAAAUGCCUUCUUCGGCGUGUUCGACGGCCACGGUGGCACCAUGGCGGCGCGAUUCGCGGCAGGCAACAUCGCGGGUAACGUUUUGAAAGCGGCACAACAAGGCGCGGAGAGCCCAGAAGCGGCUCUGGUGGAGGGCUUCAAGGAGACCGAUAAACACUUUCUUCAACAGGCGACUGCCGCGCCGUGCUCUGCCGAAAGGGCGCUGCCAGUGUGCUGA